AUGGCGGAGGCGAUCAUCUGGAGGAUAUCUGACCUUCUGGAUGAUCUGCCAAAGUAUGGAAAGUCAUGGGCCGUCGGCGGCGAAUUACACAGGCUCAAGAAAACCGUCUCCGCCCUCCAAAGCGUAGUGCGCGAUGCGGAGAAGCGGUUGCUCGACGACUUCAUGGAUCAGCAGUUCAUGGUGGUCCAGACCCCCGGAGGAAUCCGAGAAUGGUUCGACGACCUCAAAGCUGCUGUCUACGACGCGGAGGACUUGCUGGAAGAGUGGAGCAUCGAAGUCACGCGGCGAGAAUUGCCGGGCAAGGACGAGAAGUUGGAGCAGGAUGUGCAAGUAGAGAGCGGGUCGAGGAGGAGGAGAGAGCGGUCGGACUCCUUUGGGUACGAGGAGGAGAUUAUAGGGAGAGAUGGCGCUAAAAGCGCAAUCUUGAAGUUCUUGUUAGGCUCUGACGCUGAAGAAAAGAUUCUAGUGGUUUCGAUAUGUGGUGUGGGUGGGGUUGGAAAGACGGCUCUUGCUCGAUGUCUGUACAAAGAUGACAUGGUCAACAAGCAUUUUGAUUUGAGGAUAUGGGUAUGUGUACGUCACUUGUGCGAUCUCAAAAUGGCAUUGCAAAAAAUCACGGAGAGCGCAACGAACGAGGGAGUAGACGACAUUGAGUUGGAGCAAUUGCAAAAUCGAGUCGUGGAACUUGUUCGGGGAAGAAAAUAUCUCCUGGUUGUCGAUGAUGUAAUGUCGCAUCUUCAUGAGCAAUGGGGGAGAUUGAAAAGUUUAUUGAUGGGAGGUGUGGAAGGAAGCAAGAUUCUGAUAACAACACGCGUUCAGUCUGUUGCCCACUCCAUGGGCACAACCCCAUCUUAUUUCCUCGAGGCCCUUUCAGAAAACUCGUCUUUAGAUUUAUUGAUGAGAAUGGCAUGUGAGGAAGAAGAAGAGACUAGAGAUUCAAUUAAGCUAACUAUCGGGAGGCGGAUAGUCAAAAAAUGCGGUGGAAUCCCUCUGGCUAUACGAACAAUUGGAAGUAUAUUAUUGUUAAUGAAACGUGCAGCCGAGUGGUUACAUUUCGAGCACGAGAUCCCAGAAGUUUCUGCAGAUUUUUAUGGCAUUAUUGCACAUCUAAAGUUUAGUUAUGAACAUCUCCCGUCCCAUUUAAAACAGUGCUUUGUCUUCUGUUCAUUGUUUCCCGAGGAUUCUGUGAUUGAUAAACUCAUGUUGACGAGUCUCUGGAUGGCAGAAGGCUUUAUCCGCCCAAUAGACAAUGUAGAUUGGGAUAUGGAAGAUAUUGCUCAUGAUUAUUUCAUGGAUCUACUUAGGAGAAAUUUCUUUCGCGACUGCAUUGAAGAUGAAUUUGGAAAUGUGACGGCUUGUAAGAUGCAUGGUAUAUUGAAUACCCUAGCACGCAUAGUUGCUGAAAAUGAGUAUUCUCAAGGAAUUGAUCGGACAUGGUCGUCUAAUGUUGGAAGAAUUCGUCAUGUAUCAUGGGGUUCAACUUUAGAUUUAAAACGGGGACUUCCAUCUACACUACUCAGAGCAAAACAUCUGAGGACAUUCAUCAAAACAGAUCAGAUGGAAACCUCGAGGUGUGAAACUCAAAUGGGUGAAAAAACUCUUUGCGAUUUCAUUUCUAGUUUCAAGUUCUUGCGUGCCUUGGAUUGGCAUGAUAGUGGUAUUGAGAAGUUGCCAAGUUCCAUUUGUGAGUUGAGGCACCUGACAUUUCUGGAUCUCUCUGAAAAUGACGGAAUCAUAAGGCUUCCUAAUUCUAUGACAAGAUUGCAUAGAUUGCAAAUUUCCUUUUGCCCGGGGAUGAUUCCCGUCCCAAGAAUUGCGGUGGCUUGGGGAGUUGAACAGGUUAAGCAAGUUGAGAGGAAGCCUUCGAAUUGA